UAGAGGGUUACUUUUAACAAUUAGGUUAUGCUGGAACAAGUAAGGAAACCCCCGAACAGGCAGGGUAUCCGAAAUUCCGAAUCUACGAGUAUUCCCCUUUCCGGUUGUAUGUCGGACAAGCGACAUCGAUCAACCCUUUUCUUUUUUCCUGGCCGGAAUUCCCUCUCCCGUUCCUGAAUACAACCCUAAGUCUUACCGCAGCCUCUAUAGGAGCUCCGAAUCCUCCUGUUGUUGCUAGCCAGCUUACACGACCCAGAAGUCUGAUUUCUCUUGUCCAUCUGCCCUUCAAUUUGUCUACCCAUUCGUGUUCCAAGUUUCGCUCUUUCUGUGUAUUUCCCCCGGCUCUUCGCACUAUCCUUUCCGCCUGAUUUCAGCCAUGGUUGAUCGGAGCGGAGAUCAAAAGGCCGAUCCUUUCCUCCUGCAGUACCAACCGGCGGAACUUCGAAUCGCAUCGGAGUUCUUCAGCGAGUGGCUGCCUUUUCUUUCCCGAGGUCUAUGCCACACCUGCUCCCGAACUCUGUCAGAUCGAAUUCGCUCUCUCCAGCCAGUUCGAUUACCAGAAUCCGAUGCUUCGUCGGGGCAAUUACGUUCGGGUCAAACCACAGUCUCUUCAAUUGCGAGUGCUGCCCAAUCUUGUGAGAAUUGCACAGAAGAUCACGAGGACGAGAAUUUUGAUCAGAAUUCAUUAGGAAGUUGGAAAGAUGGAGCUGAUGCGUGUCCUGCUUCAGUCCCGGAAGAUUCUGCUAGUAGGGGAUUGCUUGGUCCGCCGCCAGGAGCUGAUAAUAAUACCUCAAGCCCUCGGAAGUCUUGGGCUGAUAUGGCGCAAGAAGAUGAAUUUGUGGAUGAAGAAGAACAAGUUGAUUCAAUCAAAGGAGCAGUUGGUCUAGGUUGUUCUCCCCUGGUUACGAGAGCGGUAGAGAAGCCUCAGUUACCUAGGGAGCAGAGGGAGUACAUUCGGUUCAUGAAUGUGAAGAGGAAGAAGGAUUUUAUGUGCUUCGAGAGAGUUCGUGGCAAGUUGAUAAAUAUCCUCGACGGACUUGAACUUCACUCGGGUGUUUUCAGUGCCGCAGAGCAGAAGAGGAUAGUCGAUCGCGUUUUUGAACUGAAGGAGAUGGGCAUGAAAGGAGAGUUGAAAGAGCGCACAUUUACUGCUCCUCAGAAGUGGAUGAGGGGUAAAGGGCGUGUAACGCUACAGUUCGGAUGCUGCUAUAACUAUGCAACUGAUAGAACUGGUAAUCCACCUGGCAUUCUGAAGAAUGAAAUGGUUGAUCCGAUACCUCAACUUUUCAAAGUUAUAAUCAGAAGAUUGGUCAAAUGGCAUGUUCUGCCUCCAACGUGUGUGCCAGACAGUUGUAUAGUCAACAUUUAUGAAGAAGGGGACUGCAUACCACCCCACAUUGACAACCAUGAUUUUCUCCGACCAUUUUGCACCGUAUCUUUUGUUAGUGAGUGCAAUAUUGUGUUCGGAACCAAAUUAGAUAUUUUGGGUCCUGGUGAGUUCUCCGGAUCAGUAGCAAUUCCUUUGCCUGUAGGGUCUGUUCUUGUAUUGAAUGGAAAUGGAGCUGAUGUAGCUAAACACUGCGUGCCUUCAGUCCCCACAAAGAGGAUAUCCAUCACGUUUAGAAAGAUGGAUGAGAAGAAAUGGCCUGUUGGUUAUGCACCAGAGCCUGAUCUGCAAGGGAUUGAACCAUUGUCAUUUGAAGUAGACAUGACUAGUACUGUUAGGUCGAACUCUCCAAAACCAGAGCAGCUCCCGCCGAGAAGGCAGCCCAUUGAUAAAGAAGGCAAGACAGAAGCCAGAAGAGCAGCUUUCUCAGAACCUCGUUACGGUAACCGGGGAAGGAGGGGUCCUGGAUCACGGCGGAGGGUAAAGGUGGAUGUUGAGAGUUGAGUCUACAGAGCCAGUUGCCUGGAUCAUUGAUUUCUAGUUGAUCAGAGGAGCCUCUGCAGAAUAGGUGAAAAGGGAUAAGGAGGCGACACCUGUAUUCGUUAAGGUUUUAUAGUCGAGGAAAGUGCUUCUUAGUCUCUGAUAAUCUGAUUCGUUGUCUUCUUUGCUAUCUGCGGGGAUAUGUAACUUAGAGGGAUUGAGAGCAAUACUGGCUGGGCAUAUACAUUUUGUGUGAUUUGUAACAUUGGCUUUCGUUUGGCAGCUAUAUAGCUUCUAUUGGAUUUUCAGUUUUAGGCGGCAAGCCUUGUGAACCAGGUGGGGGGUAGGUGAUAACUCGUUGAUGUGCGAGAUAUUGUAUACAUCUCAGAGUUAUAUUCGAAAUUCCUAUAAUAAAUCAGUUUUCGCCGUUAGUCGUGAU